UUUAAUGCAAAAUAAUAAUAAAAUGCGAGAGUCAUGUGUCGGUAAAUUUUGUCAAAUAUGUGGUGAUAUUGGCGUAGGAAGAAAUUUUGGUGCCAUAACUUGUGAGUCAUGUAAAGCAUUUUUUAGGAGACAUUCACAUAAAGAAAAAAAAUUUUUCUGUAAAUACGAUGGCAUUUGUAAAAUUGAUGUAAACCUAAGAAAAUGUUGCAAAAAAUGCAGAUUAUCUAAAUGUUUUGCUAUGGGAAUGAAAAAAGAAUUAAUACAUAAUGAUAGACAAAAUGCAUUGAGAAGACUAAACACUGAACGCAAUCGAUUGAUUAAAAAUCUAACAACAAAUUCAAAUAUUUCGAUAAAUAGUAUUACAAGCGAUGACAGUAUUUUUCAAAAUGAUUUUUAUUUGAAAAUAUUUGAACACAACAAACAAGUGACAGAAUCGGUGAUCGGUGUCGACAAGUGUUACAAAUACUUGUAUGUCAACCACUCUUUAGCACCAUUUAGUCCACCAAAUACUUCAUUGAUACCAAUCAUUAGACCAAUCAAUACUUGCAAUGAAUUGAAUGAUACAGAAUGUAAGCGUUUGGCAGAACUGUGUUCGUCGUCUAAUAUUUUUCGAUAUCCAAAAUCUCAAACUUAUUUCAAAGUCAAAAAUAUGCUACAGUUUUAUACACUUUGGGGAAAUCGUAUAGAAAUGGAUACUAAAGAUAUCGUUUCAUUUACAAAAAAUAUAGGAAAACAUUUGAAUGUUUGUACCAAUGAUGAGAUAGCACUCAUCAAAUACGGUGCGAUGGAAAUCAUUGUUCUCAGAUAUAACUUCUUUUACGAUAAAAAAGCCGAACAUUGGAAUAUAGUUAUGGACGAUAACUAUUCAUUUGUAUUUCCAAUGGAAAUGUUGAAACCGGAAAAGAGAGACAUUUAUUAUUUUUAUAAAUGUUAUUUGAACAAGAUCAUUCCUGAAUGGGACCAAGAUCUUAUUAUAUUAGAUUUGUUAACAGCAAUAGUGCUCUUCAAUCCCAAGAGACCACAUCUCAUAAAUAGGGAUAUCAUUGAGAGACAACAAUAUAUGUAUAUAUAUCUAUUGGAAAGGUAUUUAAUGAGCCGAUACCGAGUGGAUCAUCAAUGGAGACCAAAAAUGGCCGCUUUUAUGAAUGCAUUGAUUGACUUACGUAUUGUCAGUCAAAUAGAGAUAGAAAAUGGUGUCGAAGGAUAUCUUCAAUACUUUGGACCAAUUUUUAGAGAAAUUCUUGGAAAGUAA